AUUAUUCUUGUUUAUGAAGGAAAUGAAGAGGAAUCUCUUCAUGAAGGUGAUAUCAGACUGUCAUAUAAGCAAGAGAUUGCACUUGAGAUGUUUGGAGAUCCUACAGCUCCAGUUUUGGGGGCCCGAGGAAUAACUAAGUAUCAGAACCUUCUGUGGAACACACGUGUCGUCCCUUACAAUAUCUCAAGUGAAUUAGGUGAGCUGAACAACGAGAGAGAAAAAAGAAAGCUUUUUGGGGUGUUCGCAGCUUGUUUUGACACAUGCGCACGAAAAACCCUAAUUCAAUGCUAUGCAUUAAGGAAACACUAUUACUAUUAUAUACUAUUUUACCAUUAGGUUACUAUUAUAAGAUAGCAGGAGCCCAUAAUCCUGGUCGAAUUUUUGGGAAUUGAAAAUCAUGUUGUUUCGUACACUCCUCUAUUGUGUAAAAGCCAUUUCAAGCAGUUCCGAGCCAUUUCGAGCCGUUUUCAGGUGAUUGUGAUGGGUCUUCGUUUUCUUCAUUUGGGGGAAUUUCUAGAAAAAAAGGACACUAGACAAUUUCGUUGAUAACUGAAGAUCUUGUUGUUUGUUACACAUCUCAGGUCGAGAUACCCAUUCCUGGCUAUUUAUAAGUGAUUCUGAGGUGUGUCUUCGUUGUUUGGUUUUAGGUCUUAGGUCGUCGUUUUCUAGCCACCGAUAACUAACGUCUAAUCGAUUCUUGAGUCUUCACUCGUCACAGCCUCCCACUCACAGGUUCUUUUGGGUCGUGACGCAUUCCUCAGAGGAGGUUGUAAUGAAACCCUCAGAAAGUCUGAGAGGCUAGACGCUUUGCCACUUCCAACUAUUUGCAUGUUUAUUUUAGAUGAGACCCCCGCGGCUAAAAGUGUUAUUUUGAGUGCCAUGAAGGAGUGGGAGCAGAGCUCGUGUUUAAAGUUUGUAAGAAGAACAACCGAAGAAAACUACAUCGCGUUUUUCAAAGGCAAUGGGUAAAUGAAUUAUCUUCCUUUAAUUUGAAGUUUCCCUUCAACAUUGCUCCUGACAAAACAUCAAUUUUUAAGCCUCUGUCGUGUCGUAACAACAACAACAACAACAGUUUAUUUCUACUACUGUAGACAACUAAAGGAAUUUACAAGAAUAUAAUUAUAAAUAAAUAAACAGUACAUACAGUAGCAGGAAACCCAAAAUAACUAAAAAGCUAAACAAGUUGGGUGACUGUAAUUAUGAUAAUUAAAACUGAGAAAGCCAGAAAAGAGGCACAACGAAUACAUUGGUAAACAUAAAUAUCAUAACUUGGUACAAAAGUAAAUGUACAGAACAAAACAAAACAUAAAUAGAUAAAUAAAUAUAAACCAUCACUCUAUCUUUAUAAAAUCUCUACUAUCGCUAUCGUUUCGCUAUCAUCAUCGUUAUCACUACCGUUACUGUUAGCAAUUUUGUUAUCGUUAUCAAAAUAACGAUCUCAGGCUAUCUUGGACGAAAAUUUGUUAUGAACAGUGUUAAAAUGACUCCUGAGUUAUCAUGACGGUUAUUUAUAAUGUUGAAUACUAUACUUAUAAUAUGUACUUUGAGUUGUAAACAAUCUUAAUGUUCGACUUAGUGCCCUCCUUCCAGUAAUCUUGUUUAUCAUUGCCAGGUGCUGGUCAUGGGUAGGACGGCAAGGUGGAAUGCAGCAAAUUUCACUGGCUAGCGGUUGCUGGUCUCAAGGAACAGUCGUCCACGAGAUUGGUAAAGGAAUAUAACGCAUGCCACUUUAAAAACACUGCCACGCGACAAUUUUUUUUUUAAUUUUUUGACUUUUUUUAAUUUUCUUGUUUUAAAGUUUCUUUUAAUGAAUGCAAUCUGGCAUGUAGAGAGCAAGAAGACACUGGGUACGAGAUUGAUUUUAAUGUCGAGCCUAUCAACAUUCGUGAAGUUUAAAAAAAAACAAAAACAUGAUGCUGCCUCGUACCGAUGCGCGUUUAGCGACUGGCGCGAUUUUGGUUGCUACCCGCGGGGCGCCCUUCCCAGCGUCCUUUGCGUUAAACCUGAACAUUCCCAUGGUCCAUUCCGCGAUACUCCUUGGAAUUGUUUGCAGUCGCGUUUUCCAUUUUCGAAACACUUGAGUCGCCUAGGAACGAGGCAGAUCAUGAUGCAUCCAGCGGUGGAUUCAGAUCUCCAGGCUGAAGGGGGAGGUGGUGGACGUACUCUGCAAAAUUUUGUUCGGGGAGGCUCCGAUCCGAGUUCCAAUCACUUACUAAGUAACGCAUUUAUUAAUAUGUCUUUUUUACAGAAAAAGUACUCCUUCCGCAUACCUUUCACAUACUACUUGUAGUUUAAGAUUUAAAACGCUGCUUCUCUUUUGACCGCUGUAAAUGCACCGCGCGUCUUUUAAAUGUGAACAAAUCACUUAACCAGAAACUUUUGUUAUCUUUUUAUACAGCCACAAAUGCGCCUUUUACGUCAUUUCACAGACCGCAAUGAUUGAUUGCCAUACCCUUUCUUAUACCUCAAAUAGUGAAACCUUUACCCUUUAAUAUACCAUGUAUACAUAAGCGUAAAGAAGGGACCCGACUCCCCGUUUAGGACUAACCCUCCCCUGGGAUCUUCAAGUAGGUGGGGCCCUGCUCAUCCUGGCGCGAUGAAAAUAGGGGAAAGUUCUCUCAAAAAUAACUUUUAUGUACCCCGCAGCCUUUAGUUUUGCCUACAAUUAAGGUGGUUAGGGCCGGGUUACCCUCUCUUCAGUUCAUCCGGUCUUGGGAUCAUAUUCAGUAGGUUUUAAAGAAAACACAGAUAUCGGCUCAAGUUCUAUCGUGAAGCAAGUAAAUAGUCUAAAGUAACCUAUUCUUAUUUCCUUAAGAUAAAACAAACCGAAAUCUUAUUCUUGAGAACAAAAACAUGUUAUUCAUGUAUACACAAUCUGCACCCUUUCGUUAAAUGAUGGAAGCAGUCGACUAAGACGCAUUUUUUAAAGUCAUUUUUCAUGAAUACUAUCGUAUCUAUCAUUUCAUCAUUUAUUUGUUGUUAUAAUAUUUUGCAGGUCAUGCUAUGGGAUUUUGGCAUGAACAGAGUAGACCUGAUAGAGAUGAGCACGUGGAAAUAAUAUGGGAAAAUAUAGAAGAAGGUUAUUUAAAGAAUCUAAUCAUGAUUCAAUGUUAAAAGGAAAAUAUUAAAAGUUUAUCAUGUUUCGUCACCACCACCACCACCAUCAUUAUUAUCAUCAUCGUCAUCGUCAUCGUCAUUGUCAUCGUCAUCGUCAUCGUCAACGUCAUUGUCAUCGUCAUCGUCAUCGUCAUCGUCAUCGUCAUCGUUAUCGUCAUCGUCAUCGUCAUCGUCAUCGUCAACGUCAUCGUCAUCGUCAUCGUCAUCGUUAUCGUCAUCGUCAUCGUCAUCGUCAUCGUCAUAUACAUUCCCCAAAAGUAAUGAUAGCAACAUUUCAGGUUAAAACACCGUAGUUUUCAAUUGAAUUUUUGUCCUUAAUAUUGCCAGGCGGUUUUUUACAUGAGGAAACUUUCAAAGUUUGAUUUUAAGUGACGCGACACGAGGAAACAUGUCUUUUUCAAAAACGUAGUGUUCCGCACGUUUUUGCUUUUUGUUCCUUUAAUUGCUUUAGGAACAACCUAGGAACGCACAAUAUAGGAACUUUAUUUGCACAAUAGGAACAACGGUCGGCAAAUUUCGGAACAAUCUGGUCCGUUAGCAGCAAAUUGGAACACAAAGUUCCUUUUCAUUUCAGUCAGAAGGAACAACUGGUUCCUCUUUGCUCUUUUCAGGAACAAAAGGCCCUCUUUCAACAGUUCCGAUUUCCCUUCAUGUUCCUUUCGAAGUGAUUGGGGAACAAAUGUUCCCAAUCUAAUUUCUCACUCUACACAGUAAGGAACAAAUUGUUCCUAUUUACUGGCAUAUCCACUGCUGUUCGGAACGCCUUGUUCCCUUUCGGUUCAAAUUGUUCCUAUUCAUGCCCAACAGGAACGGAAUUGUUCCUAAUCGAGGUGGUUUUUUGUUCCUCAAAAUGAGUGUUAUGUUCCGCGUAUAAAUGGGAACAGGUUCCGAAUUUGUGACAAAGGAACUAGCGUUCCAUUUUGCGCAAAGAGUAAAAAGGAAUAGGGAACAAUAGUUCCUAUUUAUCGUAGGCUAUCUGAAACUACUGUCCAUCACCUCGGCUAUACAAAUUUAUCAAAACAUAUAUCCUUCAACAAUCAAGUUAAGUACGAGACUUGCCCGCUACAUGUUCAAUCGCGUUCGGGCUUGCCCGCGCAAGUUCAGGCUUGUGUCUUUAUUCCUUUUGAUUAAUUGUGUACCAAAUACGGACAAGAAAACAAUGGGGCAAGGGGCAAGAAUGACCAAGUGUGGGCAGAGAUGGGCUAACAAAUAUCUCAUUGGCGAGUAGGAUGAUCUCUUGGGGACCCUUUUGCUAGUAUAAGUGCGUGCAUACUUUAGAACGAUAUCGAUUUCAAGCUAAUCCUUAAGAUGAACAAACGAGUCAAGGAUGUCAACUGGUCAAAGUUAGCAAAUGCUUCGCCUAAACCAAAGAGACUUCACUUAGAAGAGGAUGAUUGUGAUGGUCUUUUUCACUGCCCAGUGCAAAUUUGUAACCACGAUGGAUUCACUACGCAAAGAGGCUGUAGAAAACACGUAAAGAACAAGCACAGUUGGUACUAUUACUUCGACGAGAAGCCAAACAGUGCUCAAAUGGAAUCGUUUCAUAAUCAAUCCAAGAAAAUUGAAGCCAACGAUCGGACGAUUCCACGUGCAACGAGAGCAAUUGCCUCAUUCGACUUGAAAAACAACAUUGCUAAGAGUUUUUUCUCAUGGCUAACUGGCAGCGGCGGGGGUUGUAAAAGCGAUCGACAAGCACAGCAAAUUGUCAGCAGGUGUUUAAAGUUUCUCAAAUUCUGUUGCGAAGACGAAGAGGAACUCACAUUUGGUAUUGUUGAUUUUAGCCUAUGUUCACCGAAUCUCCUAUUUAAAUUCGUUGAUACGAUGCAGGAUGAGUGGAAACUCGGACACGCGGGACGCAUAGGCUACUUGGACGCCAUUGCAGAAUUAGCGGAUUUCAGAAAAGUAAAUGGCGCAUCAGAAACAGUAUGGAGAGGCCUGUCCACAGCAGAAAUGUACUUAAAAAGGGUGCGAAAAACCGUCUCAAAGAUGAUGAGGUUGCAAUGGACCAGCGAACUCGAUAUUGACGCUUUAGAAGCCAAGGGGCACUGGGCCACCAUGGAAGAGCUUUUAGAGGUGGUGGGGCGUUACUUGCCGCGCUACGAGAGCGUGCUUAAAACAUGCAGGGAUAAACCAGAUACUGUUUCGCCACUGGAAUUAUCGUUUGCUACCAAAUUUCUGGCCGUCUAUUUGUUUAUCAAGGUUAAAGGCUCACGUCCGAUGACAUACCAAUAUCUAACCAUAGAAAUGGUCGACAAAGCUAAGACUAACGGUGGAUUCAUAGACCAAAAACAAUUCAAGACAGCUGGAAAGUAUGGUUUUGAUUCGCUUUUCCUGACAGACACCAGUAUGCAAGUCCUGGAAGGCUACAUCAACCACAUUCGCCCACUUCUCAAGCCUAAUUGUGAUUAUGUUUUAGUCACGAGAAAUGGUCGACAGCAUAACAAGCUAGGAGAAGCAAUGAGUAAAUUGGUGUUCGAUGCAACAGGCAAGUAUGUUCACCCAACUCGCUACCGCCAAAUAGUGGAGACGGCAAGCUCUAGAACUCUUAGCAGCAGCGCGCAAGAUGCGAUCUCCGAGGACCAGAAACACAGCUCUGUUGUGGCAAGAGUUCACUAUCAAAAACGGCGAUCUCGCGAAGUCGCCAGCAAAGCGCAUGCAUUUUUGGAAAGACUACAGGGCGAGAGGGGAUCAGAGCUAGAGAUGGACGUACGCUCCAGGCUUUCUGAGAAUUCAAGUUCUUCACAAGAACAAGAUGUUGGCAAAACCGAUACGUCUUCUAAUGACGAAGAAGACGUAAUUACAGAUACAACACGCGAGCCUUUAGUAGGAGUGCCAAAAUUGAGGCGCGAAAAUGCGUUCAGAGUGACCGAAACAAGCACGCGACGAAAGAGUUUAAUGUUCACCCCCGAGGAAGACAAAUUUCUCAAAGCUGGACUUAAACGGUAUGGAUUUGGGCAAUGGAAAGCGAUUCUAACAGACCCCGACUUUCAGUUCCAAAAGGGAAGAACGGCUAACUCUCUUCUGAGCCGAGCCGCUAGAAGAUUUGGAUCAUAUUCAAAAUCGACGGAGCGUUGACAAGGUCCUACUUAACGAACGAACUCAAGGGCAUGUAGCUAUCUUAAAUUCUUGAACUCAAAUAAAUGAAUUAUUGCAAACUUUAGCCCUACGUAAAAUGCGAAAACAAAUAUAGAAAGAGGAGAUAAUGUAAGCUAAAUCCAUAACGUCAAUAUUUAUUUAAUGACUGAAUUCCUCGGCAUGACCAUGCCAUCAUGGUAUUUGAAACUGACAACAAAGCAUUAAUAAUACAAGUGUUCCGGGCGUAAAGGCCUUCAAAUUAGUUUAACUUAGUAUAUCUUAAAUUGCAUGUCGGGCACCUAAGUUGAUCCUACUUUUUUACACGUUUCUGCGAACUGAAAAAGCUAGUCACCCGCUUCUGUCCCUCGGUUGUUUGGCUUCUCGAGAGUUUUGCUCGCUUCGAAGGUCUGUUGUCAGGUGAGGGUACUCGCCUCAGUAAUGGUGAAGAGCCUGUGCAAAUGCUUUCAUCAAAUGAGGGCUCGUAACAAGGUGUCUUCGGUGUAAUGAACAUGUCCUCGCUCUCCGAUUCGACGACCUCCUGGCUCGUAGGUGGAGUAAACAUCGUCUGGUGCGUGUCCUCAGGCGGGUCGUAAGAUGGUGUCUUUGGCGUAUUACCAUCGUCGUUUGCAGCCGUUGGUCUAGACAUGUUUUGGUUGCUACCUUCGACGAUAACCGGUAAGGGUGAGUACACAUCUCUGACGGAACUCGCGUACCUAGGAUCCACUAAUCCACGUUUCACACAGAUUUCUUUCCUUUUUUCCACGGCCAUCUGCAGGCGAAGGGUACCUUGUUUUUCGUGAAAUGCGCGGAGUUUCUCACAAUCAAUCUCCAAAAGACUCGUCAGCGUUGCACUCAUGUCGGGGUCUGUGCCUCUCUCUAAACGCAUAUUGUUCUCAGCCAUUUCUUUUUCUAUUUCUAACAGCCACGGAUUAGAGAAUGCUUUUUUAACUUUCUCCUGUUCAUCUCUUUCCCUUUGCUUUUCGAGACGUUCUGCCCUAUCAUUCAAGGCCUGUUGUUCUCUGCGGGCGAGGUCGGUUGGUAGUGGCUCGUCGGGAUGCGUAAUCAGUCGAUCUGCCUGCGAUUUGCUGGUCACUCCCAAAUUUACUAGAUAUCGUCGUCGUCCGGCGAUUUGACGAUCUUGGAUGGCUUUGUGCUCUGUUUGAGCGUUUCGCAGGAGCAUGCUCAGCUGUCUGUGCCGAAACCCACCCGGCAUCGCCUUUUCGAGCUCAUGGCGAAGCUUGUUUAUGUGGUUGUUAUCUUCAUUUUCAUCGGAACUGUCGCUUUCGGCUUCACUCUCCUCUUCAUCCGUGAGUGAGAUUUCACCGCCCUCCGUGUUGCACUCGGGGGCGUUCUCGUCCAGUAGGGAAACGGACAAAAUUCUCUGAAUGUCUUCACUUUCUAAACCGUCCUCACGAUCUCCUAAAGUCCUUCCAGUCUGUGCGGUAGUGGAGUUUGUAGCAACCAUCUUUUGGGCCCAUACGAUGCAGCCCAUUGCAUGUUCUCGCAGCCACUGGUUGGCCUCCGGGUUAACUUGCGGCAAGCUUCUGAAGAAGUACUUGUGAAGUCUUCGGUUCAUCGCGUCAUUGUGGGCCUCGCCAAAGUCCAUCUCUUGUUGGCAUGUAAUGUACAUACUUGCACGGCAGUGGAACCCCUGGGCCUUCUUCCAUUUUACAUCGUGGGAUGUAAAACCGCCUUGACAAAUUAUCUUCCAGUCAUCGAUGUCGAGCAGGUUGUUGUAUGCCUCGUCGAGAAAGAUAACUUCCGUGGAGCUGUCAAUCAUCGACUUGUUAAAGCUCUUCUGUUUGGUCACGCGAGCAAUUCGGCUUAACGGCACAAUUUGAAACACUGGGCUGAACAGGCUCGUUUUGCCGCUGUCAGAAGCUCCGAUGGCACAUGGCACAGGUCGCUUAUGUUCUUUAUCUCUGAAUAGCGCGAGGAAAUCAGCGCAAAACUGUUGUAUUUGCCCUUCAGGUAGGCUAUUGGUUAGAAUUUGCUCGAAGUAUUUAGGAUCGGGCUCUUGGAGGCUGUCAUAGUGGACAUACGCUCUUGGUGAUGUGAUACCUCGCUGUAGAAAACAGAAAAAAAAAGAACUGUUAAAACAUACAAACAUGUAAUAAAUAGGUAAAACAAGUAGAAACCUUUACCCGCCAACCAACUUGGAGUAGUCCUAGAUUAGGUAACUCGAAACUGAAUAGCACUUGAUUUGACAUAUUCCAAGGUUAAUUAUGUUGUAUAGUAAUAGAAAAACGACUUUUCUAUUGAACAGAUACAUUGUCAUUUUAGCCAGCAGAUAAAUUGUAGCCAAGGAAAUUGUGAUAACGGAAUUAAAACAACCUUUACUGAUGAAAACGUAUGCUCUCACCUCUGAUUCUGGGAUCACUCCUUGUACAAAAGCUCCUUCAGAGAAAGACCAAAACCAGCCAUUCUGCACUUCAACCAAGUUUCGAUCUAUGUUAAGUUGGCCAAUCAGGGAACUUUCUGGCUCACUCAGAAGUGGUAGAACUCGUUGAAAAUGUUGGACAAGCCUGUCUUUGAAGCACUCGUUCCCCAUAAGAUUUAACAGAAAUGACUUCAUGGAGCAAAGGAACUUGAAAGUAAACUGUGAUUCUGCAACUUUCUUGUACACAUCUCCCCGGUAGACACUAAACUGAAGCUUUUUCAUUGCGGCAUGGAUGUCGUUACAAAGAACUGUUAGUGGGCAAGACAAUGGCUUAUGUGGUGUACACGGUAUUUCUACGCCCGGGGUGCUGCUUUCGUUUUCAUGGAGACCAAAACAAUCGAUUUUCAAACCAGCGCGGCGCAAUUCUCGGAUAGAUGUAGUCAUCAUCGGUUUGAAUUCUUCCCUAAGCACUCGCACACGAACCACAUUUUCUGUCGACAACAUUUCUUGAGACUGUUCUUCAUCACUAAUAUCUAUUUCGUCUUGAAGGGCGCUGUCAAUAAAGAAUAAAAAACAGACAAGUUUACUAUCUCAGAAUAAAUUUUUGAGUAGUGCAUCAAAGUUUGAAUUAACGCUCUUUUUCGUGUUGAAAUUCCCAGAUGGUCUAAAUCGCACUUAAUUAGCCACUUGCACCCUUGGAUAUUGUUAGUUAUUUGAGUCAAGACAGUUAAUUAGAGAUAUUGCUUGACAAGGAGAAGAUGGCAACAAUAAGGGUGGACUUCUAGGUGUUGAUUUCUUUGGUCAACUAUAGCCUUUACUAUAACAGUUUUGCAUUGAGUAUACUAACCUGAGACAAUGCUGAUAAGAAGCCUCCACAAAAUUCAUCAGGCAAGGAUUCUUGUGAUCUUUUAAAACUUGGCAGAGUUGGUUUAAGUCGUGAGAAUGAGCACGUUGAAUUUUCAUGGGAUUAACGGCUGAACCAUUUUGAGUUUGGCAAGCCACCCAAUACGAAAUUGCUGGGAAAACUUGCUUUCCAGGCGUUGAAAUUUGAGAGGGGUUUAUGGCAGAUUCUUCGUUAGACUCGUCGAUUUCUCGUCCUUCAUCUGAUGUUGUUGAUUUUUUCUUUUUGCUGUCAAGCUUUGAGGUGCUUAUUGCCGAAAAGAAAAAGCAAACCUCGCUCAGUUUCGACAAUUCCAAAUCACAUUCAUCUCGCUUUUCACAGAUCCAAUUCCAGGCUUGUUGAAUUUCUUCAUCGCUUACUCUCCAAACACACUUAAAUGCUACAACAGAACACGUUUUCUCAAUUGCUGCUACUAUGUGACACUCCACUUUAUCUCUUAUAACUUUGCUGUUUAGCUGCGAACAAGGCUUGCUCAUCUUGACUAGCCAACGAAGUCGAGUAAAAGCGUUUUUUCAAGGCCUCUUGGCCAUGUUAUAUCUAGCACAAUACUUAGGGGAAUAGAACAAGUCUGUGCCAUUGGCUGGAUUAGCUGACUGAAAGUGCGAGCAUAAAUUAACCUCAGUCUGACUAAAUUAUUCAGUCCAAAUACGCCUCACACGCGAUAACCGGUAUUCCCUUCACACACGAAAAACAUUAGCAAACUACCUGUGGAACUAAAUCUUAACGGUACUUGUUAAAAUUAUUCUUGCUUUUGGUGCCUAAAAAGAGAUAAGCGGAAACCAAGGGUAUGAUCUGAAGACAAAAAACAAGGAUCUUGAAAUCAGUAUCAGAUGUUAAAGUGUACAGCGAUUUAAGCGUAAACUACGGAUAUGGUCUGAAUAUUAAUAUCAAGGAUCUUGAAAUUGCUUUUUAAUGUUAAAGUGUACAGCGAGAUAAGCGUAAACUACGGAUAUGGUCUGAAUAUUAAUAUCAAGGAUCUUGAAAUUGCUUUUUAAUGUUAAAGUGUUUAGCGAGUUAAGCGUAAACUACGGGUUUGGUCUGAAUUUAAUUAACAACAAAAACAAGAAUAAUAUAAAAUAAUAAUAAAUAAUAAUAAUAAUUAUAAUAAUUUAUUUUAUUAUUAUUAUUAUUUUAUUUAUAAUUAUUAUUUUUUAGAUUUUCAUUUUCUUUUUUUUUUUUAAUUAAGUUAAUUAAUUCAGUCCAUCCCCGUAUAUCACGCUUAUCUCGCUGUACACUUUGACAUCAAAAAGCAAUUUCGGGAUCCUUGUUGAUAGUAUUCAGACCAUACCCGCAGUUUACGGUUAAAUCACUGUACCCUUCAACAUCAGAUACUGAUUUCAAGAUGCAUGCUAUUAGUAUUCAGGCCAUACCCGUUGUUUACGUUUAUAUCGCUUUUCACUGUAACAUCAGUAAGCAAUUUCUUGACCUGUCUCUUUAGUAUUCAGGCUAUUCCCGUGUUUUUCGCUUAUCCUGCAAUAAACUCUGGGAUCGAAGAAGUCUUCAGUAACCCAUGCUUCUCACUUUUCCGAUGCAAACAAUGCAACAAAUAGAAGUAUUAGUCUAGCAGCAGUAGUAGUAGUAGUAGUAGUAGUAGUAGUUGUUGUUGUUGUUGUUGUUGCCGUUGUUGUUGUUACUCUUAAUUUGUCGCAAAAUCAUUGGAAAAAUGAGAGAAAUUGGUAGUGUGGGAAUUUCUCUUGUUAGACCAAGUGAAUAGCGUGUUUAGCGUGAACAGCGUGUUUGCUUUUCCUAGGCUUCUUUUACUUUAAGGAGGGAAAGAGAAAAGGGAACUAAAAUUUUGGGGAAUGAUCAUUACCAUCCUCCUCAUGAUCGUCGUCAUCAUCAUAAUUAACAUCAUUAUUAUAAAUUUUUCUCUCUCACACUUUUGAUCUAUUUUGGUAAUAGAUGUUUCUACUGUCUGAGGCUCUCGUUCUCACGCGAUUGUUAUUUGCUAUUUGCGAGAUGUGAACUGGGAAUAACCUUAAAAUUUAUGUCAUUAGCCAACUACAAUAAGAAUAACUUAGGUUAUUAAUUGAUUAAAACAUUAAAUUAUUUAUUUUUAAAAGGAAAAGUGCAUAACUUUCGGAAGUACAACGUGUCACAAAUUGAUUCAUUGGGGAUCCCGUAUGACUACAUUUCUGUCAUGCACUACUCUCCCACGGCGUUUGGUAUCAAUGGUUCCACAACAAUCAAAGCCAAGAACUCUUCUGUCAUUCAGCUUGGUCAGCGGAUAGGACUCAGCCCCAAGGACGUUACGCAGGCGGACUUGUUGUAUCGGCGUAACGGUGAGAAACAAUUAAGAAAACCACGUAAAUGCAAACUUUAAAGUUAUGUUAAUACCCGUGACUUACAUGAAGUCCUUUCUUAAUGAUGUAUUUUUGUAUUUAUGCUGAUUUAUAGAGAAUGGUUUAGAGUUUUGGAAUCAGGUCCAUUUGCACGAUGGCGUCAUUUUACUACCAGGGACAGAAUAAUUGAGGGUUUUGUUUUCUUGUGCAAAUUACGGCUUUUGUUAUUUAAACCUUACUGAGAUGACCAAAUUUAAAUACGAAAGAAAAACGAAGUAAAUUUUGGUCUUAGUAGUAAAAAGAAGUCAUCUUGCAAAUGGCCUUUUAAACUCAGAACUUUUAAGCCCUUAUUUAUUUCCACAAGCACGGUGCCUGACUGCAUUACUGUCUUGUUUAUAUUCUCGUUUCUAAGUAUAAAAAAAACUACAUAAAGUCAUCUGCUAAGACAUGGAAGUACAGAAAACACAUGUUAACUCCCAACAAUGUCAAACAGCAAAAAUUGUAAAAUACUAAAAAAAAAAAAAUGGUUUAAUUUUAAUGGCGUCUCCUUAAUUAUUUCUACCCGUGAAGAUUUAGAGGUGACAAUGAUGAUUAACGACGAUGUUAAUAAUAGAUAAUAAUUACAGCUGAACCUCUCUUAACGGCCACCUUGGGGACAGACGAAAGUGGCCGUUGUAAAGAGGUUUUAAACAAGAGUCAAUGUAAGGAUUUUUUUGCUCGCCGGGACGAAAGAAGUGGCCGUUGUAGUGAGGUGGCCUUUAGCGCAGGCUCGACUGUACUGAAUCAGUAUGGCUACAGGAAUUUGGCCGUUGGAUUCCUCACCCUACAUGUAUGUACGGUAGUCGAAUCUAAUCUUUUAAAUUCUGAUUUCAGAAAAAUCGUUCCGGAUUCAAAAGCAAAAAUAUCCGAUAUUACGGAAUCUGUUUUACCCUACGUGGACCAAGAUUCCUGUUAGAUUUAAAGUUAGAAGUAACUGAGUUGCUGCCAAUAGCUAUCUCGUUUGGCAUGUUUUUAGCUUGAAGAAAAGUAACAUCCUUAACCCUCGGGUGGAUGGUUCCCCCCCCCCCCCCCCCAUCUGAAUACUUUUUUUCCCCCCGGGGAACAAAGUUGUUUUUUAAUUAAAAAUUGAAAUUAAUUUGGUUGUCACAAAAAGUCUUUUCUUUUUGGAUUUUUUUUGUUUAAAAAAAAAAAAAACCCUUUACCCCCGGGGGGGGGGUCCCCCCCCCCCCCCCCAGAGAUUUUGAAAUGUUGCAGUAUUCCGAAACGAUUUUAGUAAACGAUAUACGAUUUUACCUUCAACAAGAUGAGGUAUAUUUUAUGGGUGGUGGCGCUGCUAGAGGCCUGUGACGUCACCGAAAAUGGUCGCCAUUUUCGAUUUUACCAAGAAUUAGAAAUUAGGUAAAACCCGCGGGUGAAAUGGUGAUUUUUUGUGCUUGAUAUGAAAAAUAACACAUAAAUAAGCACUUUGCAUUUAGCCACAAGAUUUACUUUAUAGUUGAAAGAAGUUGACAAAACAUGUAUUUUCACUCAAAAAUGGCUUGACCACCUGCUACUUAUGACGUCACAUAUCGUAACCGUAGAAACUGACCAUCACUGAAUCUGACUCAAAAUGCGCGCGAGGGACAAAGAAAAAGCUACCGAAAACGUCAGGUGCUGAUGUUUUGUCCCCCCAUGUACUUCCGAGGGUUAAUAUACAGCGUUUUUCAUAAUCAUGUAUCAUUCCUUUCCUAUAACUUGUUUACAGGGAGCACUACCAGACAACCUGAUCCGACUUCUCCCCCUCAGCCACACCCUGAUGGUACGAAUGUGUUGCACGUACUUCAUAUCAUUUAACUGUUUUACCCUAAUUUAGCAGAAGGGGACACAUAGAAAAUCAAGUGUAUGCUCUAUGUUGAUUAUUCAUGACAGAUAUGUUGAUAUCUAAAGAACUGAUACAACUGGGUACUUCAGUAAAGUACUUUUAGAAGAGCGUUUUCACUCACUUGACACAUCUAUGCAAAUUUAUUGGAACAAUAGAAAGCGUUUACAUAAGGAAAAAAUAGGUCAUUUCCGAGUUACUUCAAGCCAUUGUUUGAAAGCGAGGCUAAGUGAGAAGCCACUGUUUUGGAAACGAUCUUUAUUAUUAUGCAAAUAAAAGUCAUUUUCACAAUAAAAGUUGUGCACUUGGCCUCGUUUUGCAAAAGAGUCAGGUUUUUGAACUCGGAAAUGGCCUAUUAAACUCACGUAGUAUUGGUUUGGAACACAAACAUGGCCGCGGUUUCAUUGUUUUGGAACACCAAUAUGGCCGCCUUGAGAUCAUGUGAAAACGCUCUAUCGGUAAGGGGUAAAGCCUUUCUUAAAUUUCAAAAUUCCUGAAACUAUAAUAGCCCACGAUCAAUUUUUUGAGAUUCUAACACAACUCGGAGAUUUUAAGUUCAAAAUUGCAAAUUUUUCCCGACUCUGUUGUCUCGCAAUUUCCAGAAGAGGCUUAAAAGCACAGAGAAAACGUUAACUAAUUAAAAUUAAAUAUGUAAAUAUUGCCAGAAAGCCUCGGAGUCAUGUUAGAAUUCUAAUAUAUCGAACGUGGGCUAUUAAUUAUAAAUGAUUACGGAGUGUGAAUGACCGAUCUCUAUCCAUGCUCACUCUUAGCAAGCUGGUACGGGGGAAUUUUCGUUCGAAUUUGCCCCGUGUCCUUAGAUCCGAUCAUUCAACGAUGGUUGCAGCACAAACUUAACACAUCUGUAUAAAGAGUGUGUUUUUCUAAGUCGAUCGCAAUGACUGAAUUCUAGUUUCUAGCUGACGCUAUUACGAUGAAUGUUCCAACUUUUCAGAUGUUGCUGCAUAACUUAAAAGAGCUAAAUGGUGUUCACAAUUUUACUACACUAACCUGACAAGGCGGACUAGGAAAAUCGGUGAUGACUCAGAGAAAACUGUCUUAAGAAUUAUUGCCUAUGCCCUCUGGCUAUAAAACACGCAAAUAUUAUUACUGUGCUGUGCUCUAAGAAAAAAUUGAAGGGAUCCCACAGCUCUGAGCCUAUGAAAUCUAGGGUUACCAACGUACGAUUAAAAACAACAACAACAUCAACAACAACCUGAGAUUUUUUAGUUGCUUAAAAGAAAAAGUAAGGUUCCAUGGGCCUUUGGGCAAUGUCAGAGCAUAGCCCUCCCUAUAAUACUGGACCGAGUCAAUUAACUUCUAUUCCAUCCUAACACUCGAUUCAGGUCCUGAUGACUGCACCUUUGAGACCGUUGACUUAUGUGGAUUUACUAAUGUCGAUGGCGAUGAUUUCGAUUGGACGCAAAGAAUGGGUAAAACACCGAGCAGCAGAACUGGGCCAGAUAUGGACCACACAACCAAGCGCUUCGGUGAGUAUCAGUACAACUGGGGCGGACAGUGGUACUUUUUAUACCUUUCUUGGACCCAUCCAGAUAAAUUGAAAACAAAAUGCUGUUUUCUAUACACACGAGUUCACCAGAUUCAUUGAACUUGAUAUUGAAAACGAACUCCACCUCGGAACGACUUCGACGCGCGUGCACAUUACUUGAUCCCGCGCUAGGCAGCGCUGCAUGUUUAUGGCAAAUUUGGGGUGUUUUAAUGUUGCGAAAACUAAACUUUCCUUGGCGUCUUUUCAAACGUUUUGUACUACGCCAUUUAGCGACUGCACCCAUCCGAAAUACCAACGUUUAUGGCCUACUUUGUAUACUACAUGGUAUUAACUCACUUUGACUCUAAAGAUGACUACCGCACUGGUUAUCAAAACGUCAGUCACUGUCAACAACAGUACUAGUCCUAUUCAGGAUUACGUUCACCGGGACGAUCAUGCUCAACCUACUUAUGAAAUGACUCCUGGGUUCAAACCGUUCACAGAGUAUUAAGGAAUAAAAAUAUGUUUUUUAAAUCAUCCAAGUAACAUGUCGAAACAUCUGACAAUAUUGUGACAUGUGACUCUUGCUAGGUUAUUUUAUGUACAUCGAAACUUCGAGGCCACGUAUUAAGGGUGACACUGCCACACUACAAAGCAAGCUAUACCCCAGAACAACGUAUGGGCGUUGCCUUCAUUUUUAUUACCAUAUGUAUGGAGAGGACAUGGGUACACUUAAAGUGAUUCAGUCAUUCCUUGCGGGCGAUGUUGACAAGGUCCUUUUUGAGAAAAGCAGUGAUCAAGGAGACCAGUGGAUUUUGGCCAGAGUUCAGGUUAAAGCUUCAGCGUCGCCAUACAGGGUUAGUAUAUACAGACUCUGGGCAUCGAAAGGGGCGAGAGGCAACUGA